UCAGAUUAUGGGAUCUAAUUUUUUUUUCUAUUCCAGAAUGGCUACACAACUGACACUACCUCACCACUGGGCUGGCCACUCUGUCUCGGCAGAGCCGGUGUAGUGGUCCAUCUGUGUCCUCUGGACCAGGCACUGAUCAGAAACAGGGACUGCUACUUGUGCCUUCAGCCCUCAGGUACUUUAGAAGGCUUGGAAGUCGCCCUAGUGUGGCGGCAACACUGCCAGGUCCACUCUAGCACCAUUGCCAGAUUCAGGGAUCCAACCAACUUAGAUGACAUCAUGUGUUCAGGUCUGAGAUCCGUCACGGAUCUGGAGAUCACAUCCUACGAUGACUACGAUGGGCAAGCUCUUCCGGAGAUGCUCCAGAACUUGCUGGUCUCCGUAGAGCACGCCAUCAAGCGAGUGCCUUUAGACGAUCUAGUGUUCCCUUGUCCUCAAUGCUUGCAGUACCUGCCAUUAGACAGAUCGGACGAAGAUCCUGCCGCGUGCGCAUGUCAGUGCUCGUGCAGAAUCCCGGAAAAUCCCGUUAGCAAAAAAGACACUUCCAUACAAACUAGUCCAAUGUUCGAGUAUGUCGGGUCCAUCCCGCACAUCGAUAGUGACGAGGAUGACGAGAAAGAUUCUGUCAAGUCGGGUAAGUAUCCACCGGCCUCACUUAGGACUCCACAAGAUGCUUUACACAGAUGGUAGUCAAGGUAGUCAUAACCACGGGAAUAGACUGCCAGCGAAAAAGGGGUUCGACACCUUUGCAUGCUAAUACCUCAAUAGCACGGAUACGUUCCAAAGACAUUCCUAGAAUGACCCCGUGAGAUCUGAUUAACAUUCCUGGUAGAUCGCCAGACUCUCCAGUUUUGUUGUUGCAAAAACAUCGGUUCCAAGAACUAAUGAAUUAGCUCUGCCAGCGCCGUAUGUUCGUGGAGUGAAGCAAUAAGAAUGUAAAGACUUUGUAGAUUUCUAGUAGAUCUCCUUCAAUCCG